AGCUCGCCUACCAGGCCUGGGUGACCAACACCAGGACGGCGCUGCGGCAGCGGGAGCAGCCGGAGUCCCCCGGCGCCGAGGCUGCUGCAGGGGAAAACGGAGGGAGGGAGGAGGAGUUGGAGGUGCCUGAAGAGGCCGAAGUCCAGGAGGAAGAGGAGGAGGAAGGCUCCGAGCGGAGCAACGUGGUGCAGCGGGCGCUGAACACCCUGCGGUUCCUGUGGGUGCUGUGCCGGGCCAUGGUGGACGGGCUGACGCAGUGGCUGGACGCCUGCACCCGGGAGCACGCCGACAUGUCCGCGGUCCUGCGCCUCGAGAGAUACGUCCUCACGCGCCGCCUGGCCACCGGAGAGAACGUGCACCGCGGGCUCCUGGAUGAGCUCUACCUGCCGCCGCUGGAGGAGCCCCCCGAGGAGCUGAGCCCGCGGGGGGCCGGGGGGGUGGACCCCCAAAACGGCGUCGCUUCCAGCGGGCACCAAGGAGCCACCCCUGCCCCGGGGGGAUACCCGCAGCCCGCCGACACCCAGGAGCAGGAGCAGGUGACAACCUGGGGGUCCCAGGACAACGUGGCUGGGUCUCGGGAACUCCUGGCCUUGCCCCAGAACCGGAGCCGGACGGCCAGCGAGCUCCUCCUGAGCAGGCGCCUGUACUUCCCCGAGCUGGAAGAGUCGGAGCAGUUUUAUCGCUCCCACAACCGGUUCCUGAAGCUGCUGCUGGCCGGUUACCUCUGCGUGGCCGCCCACUCCGAGCUGCUCUGUUACUUCAUCAUCAUCCUCAACAACAUGGUGACCGCCUCCGUCAUCUCCCUCUUCCUGCCCAUCCUCGUCUUCCUCUGGGCCAUGCUCUCCAUCCCCCGGCCCAGCAAGCGCUUCUGGAUGACCGCCAUCAUCUUCACCGAGGUGAUGGUGGUGGUGAAAUACCUCUUCCAGUUCGGGUUCUUCCCCUGGAACGGCUACGCCAUGCUGGUACGCAACGAGGGGAAGCCCUUCUUCCCCCCCCGCAUCCUGGGCUUGGAGAAGAGCGACCGCUACAUCAAAUACGACCUCAUCCAGCUCCUGGCGCUUUUCUUCCAUCGCUCCCUGCUGCUGUCCUACGGGCUGUGGGACCACGAGGAGGACCCCUUCCCCAAGAAGAAAGCGGAGGCGGAGCGGGCGGAGGAUGAGGAAGAGGAGGAGAGGCGGGAGGAGGCAGCGUUGGGCGAGGAAGGGACGGAGGCGCUGGCAGAGCCGGGGGCACUGGGUGCAGCCGUGGGGCCGGAGCCGGAGGGUGAUGCCGUGGGGCAGGAAGAGGAGGCCGGGGCCACGCAGCUGCGCUUCAGGAGGAAGAGGAGGCGGGGGAAGAAGCAGCCGGAGGCGGCUCCGGAGGAAGGGGAGGGGGAGGAGGAGGAGGAAGAGGAGGAGGAAGAGGCAAAACAGAGCCACGCUCAGAAGAAGCUGAAGGCGUUUGGGCUGCGGGUCAAGCUCUUCUUCCUCACCCUGGCGCAGAACAUGUACCAGCCGGUGCGCAGGUUUUUCCGGGACAUCCUGCACACCCAGCACCGAGCGGCCACCGACGUCUACGCCUUCAUGUUCCUGGCUGACGUGGUUGACUUCAUCAUCAUCAUCUUCGGCUUCUGGGCCUUUGGGAAACACACGGCGGCCGCGGAUAUCACCUCCUCGCUGUCGGAUGACCAAGUGCCAGAGGCCUUCCUGGUCAUGCUGCUCAUCCAGUUCACCACCAUGGUCAUCGACCGCGCGCUUUACCUCCGCAAGACCGUGCUGGGCAAGCUCAUCUUCCAGGUCAUCCUGGUCUUCAGCAUCCACCUCUGGAUGUUCUUCAUCCUGCCGGCCGUCACCGAGAGGUUGUUCAGCCUCAACACGGUGGCCCAGCUGUGGUACUUCGUGAAGUGCAUCUACUUCUCAUUAUCGGCCUACCAGAUCCGCUGCGGCUACCCCACCCGCAUCCUGGGCAACUUCCUCACCAAGAAAUACAACCACCUCAACCUCUUCCUCUUCCAGGGGUUUCGCCUCGUGCCUUUCCUGGUGGAGCUGCGGGCCGUCAUGGACUGGGUCUGGACAGACACCACGCUGUCCCUCUCCAACUGGAUGUGCGUGGAGGACAUCUACGCCAACAUCUUCAUCAUCAAGUGCAGCCGCGAGACGGAGAAGAAAUACCCCCAGCCCAAGGGGCAGAAGAAGAAGAAGAUUGUGAAGUACGGCAUGGGGGGCCUCAUCAUCCUCUUCCUCGUGGCCAUCAUCUGGUUCCCGCUGCUCUUCAUGUCCCUAGUGCGCUCCGUGGUGGGCGUUGUGAACCACCCCAUCGACGUCACCGUCACCCUCAAGCUGGGGGGGUACGAGCCCCUGUUCACCAUGAGCGCCCAGCAGCAAUCCAUCCAGCCCUUCACCCCCCAGGACUACGAAGCCCUCACCAACCAGUUUGAGAGGCAGCCGCGGGUGUGCCCCGGGUCUGGGGUCCUGCUCCCCCUCCUCUUCCUCCUCCUCCGGGGCUGGGAUGCUGCUGGGCCACCCACUGUUGCUCUCUGUGCCCCCAGGUUUUGCGGGGAGUGUCUGCAGCCCUGCCUGCAAGUGCCAUCCCCGCUCUGCCCGCUCUGCCGCAUGCCCUUCGACCCCAAGAAGGUGGAAAAAGCUUCCAGCGUGGAGAAGCAGCUUUCGUCCUACAAGGCUCCCUGCAGAGGCUGCAGCAAGAAGGUGACCCUUGCAAAAAUGCGCUCUCACGUCUCAUCCUGUGCGAAGGUGCAGGAGCAGAUGGCUAACUGCCCCAAAUUUGUUCCCGUUGUCCCCACAUCCCAGCCUAUCCCCAGCAACAUUCCCAAUCGCUCGACGUUCGUGUGCCCGUACUGCGGGGCCCGGAACCUGGACCAGCAGGAACUGGUGAAGCACUGCAUGGAGAACCACCGCAACGACCCCAACAAAGUGGUGUGCCCAGUCUGCUCAGCCAUGCCCUGGGGGGACCCCAGCUACAAGAGUGCCAACUUUCUCCAGCACCUCCUCCACAGGCACAAGUUCUCCUACGACACCUUCGUGGACUAUAACAUCGACGAGGAGGCAGCGUUGCAGGCUGCCCUGGCACUGUCUCUCUCCGAGAACUGAGGGUGACGGCAGAGCGUCAGUUUGGACCCCUCCCCUUCACCACCCUGUCUCCUUUUUGCACACUCAGCCCUCCUGCCGGGGAGGCAGGGAGCUCGUCAACCCCCCACCCCACCCCGGAGACCUGCUGCUGCCUCUCUUCCCUCUCCUCUUGGGGCGAACUUCACCUUGUUGAAGAAGGUGGAGGCUCCUCAGCGUCGCGCUGGACCAGUGAGCGAGCAGAGACGUCAGCUGCUGCGAGGAGAGAGGAGUCGGUGCCCAAGGGCUGGGAUUAUUCCUCGGUUAGGCAUUUCAUACCCGUAUACGGAGUAUAUACCUAUAGCCAGAUCUAUUUAUUAUUAGAUGCUUUUUGGCACCAUUUGUCUUCACGCUCUCUGUUGCAAUUGAGUAGGUACGUAAAACUACGAUGCGUUUUAUGCAGAAAUACUCUAGUUUGAAACUCUGAUCGUCCACGUCCUUUUGGAAAAGGAAGGAAAACUGCACGGAGCAUCUUUUUUUAAACUAUGAGGCUGUUUCCAGAGACAUUGGCCUGGCCUGGCCCCCGUGCUGCAGGCAGGAGCUGAAUCCCGGGGUGAGACUGUUGCCCUCGUGUGCCCCGUGACAGCAGCAGGUUCGGGGGAGUACACGGGGACGGCGUCCAGUGAAAUUCUCACCUUCCUCGUUUUGUACCAGCUCUUGUGAUACUGAGCUCUUGCAUUUUUCUACAUCAAUCGGCGUGAUGCCUUUUCCACGUUUUAUAGAGCGGGAACAGAAGCUGUUACUCUUCCCACUGCAAUAUCCGCCACCAGGGACAAGAGUAUUUUUAUGGAACAUUAUUAAGAAAGUAUAUUUUUUAAAAAAACCCAACCAAACGGAACACGUUGUGGAUCUGAAAUCAGGCGGGAGGCAGGGGCCAGACCUGGGGCUGCCGGGUGGGAUUCUGGGGGGCUGUGGGAGGCACACGGGUGUUUUCUCCGGGUAUUUCUGGGCCUGGUCGGCCUGUUUCUCCACAGGCGGGUGUUGAUGCAGGAGAGGCCGGGUCAGAGCAGCACGAGCAGCUCCCGCUGCCUUUUUUUUUUUUUUUUUUUUUUUUUUGCAGGGGGAGCAGCAGCACCUUUUGCUGGAGGUUGAGUUUACGAUGGCUUAACCCUUGCAGGCAGAGCUGCGGGGUGGUGCCGGGGGUGGUGUGAGCUGGAGCAGUGGGUGUCUGUCCGAGGGAGCUGUGAGGGACCCUGACAUGGAGCGUUGUGUCCCUGAAAUAAGGGACCGUGUCUCCCUCUCCCUGGGAACGGGGCGCACCUGAGCAGAUGCUGAUUUCCAAGAUGCUGGUGACUUGUCCCGCCCUCGUCCCUCUCUGCCCUCCCUGCUGCUGGUGGAGGGUGGCAAGGGGAUCUCCUCUGGCCGGUGGCCGCCCCACGCGCUAUGCAGUAGAAGCCACGUCCCAUCUGAAGGCUCGUGGCUGGUGCUGGGGGACACAGGAGCUUGGUGCGGGGACCCUGCCAACCUUUGGGGUCACAUGCAUCAGCCCUCGGUGAAGGAGCUGCAGGGUGAGGUGUGGGGAGCGUGUUCCUCCUUGGAGAAGUGCCCUUGGGUGGUUUAUCCGAGACCUGGCUCCAGCUCCGCUCUAGCAAUACUGUCUUCUUGUUUUGUUUUGGUUUUUUACUUUUUAAAUAGUACUGGGUGAUUUGGGGGCUGUGAGCUGCCCUGUGCCUCCGGCAGCCCUACGUGGAGCGGGCAGAGCCCGUCUGCUCCCCUGGCAGAGGGCAGGGGAAGGCCUGGAGCUGCUUCGCUCCCCUCCCUUGAGCCGGGUGAGCGAGGAGGGAUGGGAUCUUCUCUUAGUGCUGCCCAGCCCAGGGAUGUCAUUGGUAGGACUGGGAGCACUGGUAUCUCCCAAAAGGGACCUGGGAGGGUUUCCCUGUCCCUGCCUCAGCUGGGACCCCCCAGGUCCUGGAGCAGCCUCCCUCCGAGCUCUCGCUUGCAGGGAGCUCCGGGACAGCACCGUUAACCUCUGUCUCCUUCCUCCUCCUCCUCCUUUUUGCCCCACAGCGCCAGAGCAGGGGCAGCAAUGGCUGCUUUUGUAAAGCACUUUAAGGCCCAGGUGGGGAGCUCCUGCCUCUCCCCGCUUUGCCCGGGGUCGGGUCCGGCUCUGCCCGCUGCCGGCCGCGCUCGUCAGUGUGUUCCCUGUGACUUUUUGCAUAUCUAGAACUUUUAACGAGACCUACUGUUUUUUGAAGAAGAAUAAAAUCAAUGACGUUAUUUGUAGCAAACCAUUUUUCUCAAUAAAGGCAGUUUCAUCCACG